GACUCAGAUCUCACCCCCUACCACUCCCCCAGGAGAGCCGGGGCCACUGUUUCCUGGAUUAUCCUAAAAGCUUCCGAGGCCGUGAGGACUUGGCAGCAUCCCUGCCCGCAUCUCUCGCCUCCCCCUUUGGCUCUGACAGUCACCUCCUUUAUAAAGCCUGGCUCUUUUAUCACCACCACUUGCCCCUCACUGCCGCUGCCAGCUCUGGGCUCCAUGGACUGGUCCUAUCUGAGGUGCCCCUGACCGUCCCUGCCCCCCACCCCACCCCGGAUCCCGGCAAUGCUAACCGCUGUCUGCGGCUCUCUGGGCAGCCAGCACACGGACGCGCCUCACGCCUCCCCGCCGCGCCUCGACCUGCAGCCCCUCCAGACAUACCAGGGCCACACGAGCCCGGAGGCCGGGGAUUACCCCUCCCCGCUGCAGCCUGGAGAGCUGCAGAGCCUCCCGUUGGGCCCGGAGGUGGACUUCUCACAGGGCUAUGAGCUGCCGGGGGCCUCCUCGCGGGUAACCUGCGAGGACCUGGAAAGCGACAGUCCAUUGGCUCCAGGACCCUUUUCCAAGCUCCUGCAGCCGGACAUGUCACACCAUUACGAAUCAUGGUUCCGGCCCACUCAUCCAGGCACGGAGGAUGGCUCGUGGUGGGACCUUCAUCCGGGCACCAGCUGGAUGGACCUCCCCCACACUCAGGGCGCGCUGACCUCACCUGGCCACCCCGGGGCGCUUCAGGCUGGCUUGGGGGGCUACGUCGGAGACCACCAGCUUUGUGCCCCACCGCCCCACCCGCACCCGCACCCCCUCCUCCCGGCCGCCGGAGGGCAGCACCUCCUGGGGCCGCCCGACGGGGCUAAGGCCUUGGAAGCGGCAGCCCCGGAGUCCCAGGGGCUGGAUUCCAGUCUGGACGGGGCGACCCGGCCCAAAGGUUCUCGACGGUCAGUGCCCCGCAGCUCAGGCCAGACCGUGUGUCGCUGCCCCAACUGCCUGGAAGCGGAGCGACUGGGGGCUCCGUGCGGGCCCGAUGGGGGCAAGAAGAAGCAUUUGCACAAUUGCCACAUCCCUGGCUGCGGGAAAGCCUACGCCAAGACGUCGCACCUGAAGGCGCACCUGCGCUGGCACAGCGGCGACCGUCCCUUCGUGUGCAACUGGCUCUUCUGCGGCAAGCGCUUCACGCGCUCCGACGAGCUGCAGCGCCACCUCCAGACCCACACGGGCACCAAGAAGUUCCCUUGUGCGGUCUGCAGCCGAGUCUUCAUGCGCAGCGACCACCUGGCCAAGCACAUGAAAACCCACGAGGGAGCCAAAGAGGAGGCUGCCGGCGCGGCCCCGGGCGAGGGCAAGGCCGGCGGUGCGGUGGAGCCCCCCGGGGGCAAAGGCAAACGGGAGGCCGAGGGCGGCUCGGCUCCCUCCAACUGAGCUCCUGGGCACCGCCUCCCUGCUGGUCUCCUGGGGGCAUCGGAAGAGAGUCCCCGGGUCUGACGUCCUCGGGGCGGCUUGAGUAAGAGGGGAAGGUGGUUAUUUAUUGAGGGGGGGAAGAAAAGUGCGGGGACAGGGGACGGGGCGCUAGGGGGUUUUAGUCUCUGGGACUGGACGGGACGCGUUUGGCUGGGCCGGGAGGAGCCGUGCGUGCCCCCUCCAUUCUCCCCUUCCUCACUAUUUCACUCGCCCCUGGGCUGGGGGGUUGGGGUGGGACACCCCUACCGCGGCUGGGGUGGAGGGGACAGGCUGGAAGAAACAGCGUGUCCCCGGAGUGGAGAGGGCCGGUCCUGGGCGCUGCGGGUAGCUGUCCGGACACGUCCUUAGCGCCUGGGAACAGCGACAUAAAAGCGCCUCCGGAGCCGCCCUUCGGCCCGGUCUCUUUCAUCCCCCUUAUAGUGCUUCUGCCCCGAGGGUUUCCGGAGGGAGAGCUGAGAUGGGGUAGGGGAGGCUGAGGGUCCCCCUUGGCGGGGGGAGUGUCUCUAUCUGGCUUAGAAGGUUGUUGCUGUAAAAAUAGCUCCUUUGAUGCACGUCCUUAUUAACCCUUCCAGACCCAGUCUGAUGGAGCCAUGAAGGAAGAGGGGAAGAGGGCUGGAAUCCCUGACAGCUUUCCAGCCAGAGCUGUGGGUGGAGGGCAGAGCUAGAUGUGGGGGGUGGGAGGUGGAAGUCCCCUUCUAAAAUGACAGGAAGGGAAUUGGUGGGGGUAUGGAAGGAAUAACCCCUUCCCUGUCCAACUCUGAUUCAUUCAAACUUCAGCUCUUGGUCUUUAUAGAAAAUAAAGCUCAGUAGUCCACCCUCCGCACCUAUUACCCUAGGUAGCUUUCCAAGGCAGCCAGCAGCCCCAGCUCUAGAGCUGACGCAGUUCCCUACCCUAGGUCCCCACCACUUGCUUUCCCCUCGGGGAUGGAAGGAAGAGGGUUGCUUGGGUUGGUUGGGGAUAGAUUGGGGGUGUCCCAGCAGAGGGACCUCCAGCAUUUCCCACUCAGAGUGGAGGACUCUGUGCCUGCCUGGCCAUCUCCGGCUCACCGAGAAGCUAAGCCCCACUCUUUCUGUAGCUCAGCCCUCCCCUCGCCCCUGCCCCACGAGACCUGCUUCUGCUGUGGAAGGUGUGUGAGGAGGCCGCUUCCUCCCAUCGCAUCUCGCAGGGGAAACCCCCCUUCCAUAUGAAGGAGUUGUUCUCCCACUGGAAGGGGUUCGGCCUUCUGAGGUGACAUCCAGAAAGCUGUCCCCAUUCCCUUCUCUUUUACAUGCUACAAAUACAUUUUGAUUAUGAUCAUGGGGUGGGGAAUAGAGGGAGGGGAAAAGCCCAGCAGAGGCUGAGCCAGGCCGAAGGGAAAGGAACUGAAUAUGGGGAAGGGUCUGGCAGAUCACAGGGCCCUGGAACUGGGGGACUUUCUCAGUCUUGAGGUAGAGGCCUGGAGAUUCCCUCCGACCUCUCCUUCCCUUUGCUGCCCUUUCUCCACCCAGAGCCCUCUGUGGGGAUUAGCUGUGUAAUGAUUUUUAAGUUAUAAGCAAAGGGUAUUUUAUUUAAUAUUAGGGCAUGAGUGUGAGCAUGUUGUGUGUACCUAUGCAUGUGUGUGUGUGUCUGUGUGUUUCUCUACUGAGCCUGGGGUCUCUAGCUAAGGAGACCCCAUCUUGUUCACCCCGUCCACGGUCCCGGGGCCUAGGCCCACAGCGUCUCUUCCAAACUUUGAGGAGCUAGAACCCAGUCCAAGGACCAGGAGCUAUAUGGGAAGUGGGGGCUGGGAUCUGGGUGGGAAUAUAUGUUUGUGUAGAAAGGGGCCCUCCUUGCAAGGGACAGGGUGACUUUCCCUGAGGGACUCAGGGCCUGGGGUAGUAUAAGAAGUAAUGUUCUUUCUUUAUUCUCCCUCUAUUCCAUACCUCCUGUUAACCCUACCAGAGGUCCCCUUCCUUGCUGAGAGGAUUGGGGGCAGGAGGAGAGUUAGCAGUGCCUGCAAGGUGCCUGGCUAGGCUGUGGGGGGGAGAGAAAGGAGGGCACCGUGGGUGUGGGAUGCCUUUCUCCUCCACCCAUCGAAACCAGCCACCUCCUCCUUGUGCCACCAAGACAGCCUUUUCCAGUGACCAUUCUAAGGGGAACUCCCAAAUGGGUGUUGGUGGGUGGGGGGAAAUGGUGUUCCCCCCUACAGGGGCCCCAAGCCUUAAGGUAUGUGGGUAGGGGCUUUGGAUAGGUUUUCUUCUGCUCCCCUCUUUUAUAGAUCUAGGUUGCUUGGCUGCCUGCCCUUCUAGGCAGCCCCCCUAGAGGAAAAAUGUAGGAAUUUUUUUUUUCUUUAACUGCUGUGAACCCACUUUGGGGGGGAGGAGGAGGAAGAAACGGCCUGUUUUUUAUGCAGCAAUAAAGUCAUCAACCAC